UGGAAAGACGAAGAAAAAGAGCCACAUAGAGCUACUACCGAUAGCACUACAGUAACACUCUCCAGAGCAAAUACAAAAUGCCUAGACGUUGGAACAAGAGUAUGGGAAUGUGCUUACCGUGCCUUGGAGGAGCUCCAGACGACGUCGUGGUGACUCCAGACCCAGAGAUGAGACGGCGGCAAUUAGCAGAAGCAGCUGAGAAGAGGCAGAAGGAGACAACCUAUAGGGGGGUCAAAAACCCAGAAGGAGUUGAGAGAAAGAAGAAAAAACAGGAAGAAAUUGAGAAACAGGCGAUGACCACGUCAAACUCCGGGGGUGGUGGGCUAAAGUGGCAGGUGGGCUGAGGAUGUUCAUG